AUGGAAUCCACCAAGCACUCAACAUCAAUACCCUCCUCGAACCCACCCAGCGUCGAGGUAGCCUACAAACGCAAAUGCAUCGCCCUCAAGAAGCGCCUAACCGAGAUCGAAACCGAGAAUGAACUCAUGCGCCUCCGCAACCGCCGCGGAUGGCAAUACAUCCAGAAGAUGCGCCUCGAGUCGUGCAUCCUGCUGGAACGUCUCGCCAAGGUCACCGGCAUGGCCGAGGAGGCUCAGUCUGGCGUGAACCCUGAGUUGCGCGCCAGAGCGGCUGCCCUGAUGUCGAAUUCCUCUGCCUUGAAUGGUAGUGCGGGUGACUCUGCGAAGCAUGCUAGGUAUUAUGAGGAUGAGACAGAGGGGAGCUCGGAUGAGCAGCCACCUACGCCCCAAGAACGACCCCUCCGCGUAAAACGCUCCCGAAAAUCCAACGUCAAUGACGGCCAAGAUGACGACGGCCCUGAUGGCCCCGACGGCACAAACCCCGAUGCUCCUGCCGCGGGAGGAGGAUCCUCAACUCUCCCUCGUCUCGCGCCAGCCCCUUCGCAAGAAGAAAUGACAUCGUCGUUCCGCAUCCAAACGGGUAGCAACGGGUCUGCCAACGAGAAGGAGAAUAAAGACUCCGACGCCAGUGAUCGCGGGAGCCGUAAUCCGGAGCCUGCUGGCGUGAGAGAUAGGACUGAGGAUACCGCCGGUGGGCGGGCAGAGCAGUCGACUACUCCGAUGGAUAUGGAUGCGAAAGAGCCGAAGGAGGAGAGUUAG